UACUCCUGCCUAAUUGAAGCGCUUAUAAAAUGAUACCACCUCAUCCAUUUGAACCAAUCAUCAUACCAAGGCAACAUAAAAUGGCAAGAGCAAUUUUCAUUCUAGCCCUCGCGGCGAUCACAUUUUCUUUAACACAGUCAGCUUCAUUGGAUACCAAGUCUGAUAAGCAAAGUGAUGGUCUAUCGAAAAUGAUGGCUUCAAAGGCCGACAUGGAUUCCGCGACUAUGCUGACGAAUGCUAUGGCAGAGUGUAACGAAACGUACACAAUCGAUAAAUCAUAUACGCAAGCUCUGAAUGAAAGCGGUAGUUUCCCCGAUGAAACUGAAAGAAUUCCUAAGUGCUACAUACGAUGCGUGUUGGAGAAGACUGGGAUAGCGACAGAAGACGGGGUAUAUGAUCCGUCAAGAACAGACAUGUUUAUUGAAGUGUUCAGAAUAUCUUAUCCGGCCAAGAAGAGCUUCAAGGACAUGGCCGAACAAUGCAGCGAUAGAAAGGAAACAUGCAAAUGCGACAGAGCUUACCAGUACAUCAAGUGUAUUAUAGAAAACGAUAUCAAAAACAGUAUGUGACUCAAGGACUUCUCGAAAACAUUGAUCAUCAGACACGUUACAAUGGAACGAAUUUACAAACAUAUUUUUAUCUGUACACAUAAUGACCUAGAUCCAGGAUCAGUACCUGUGGUACCUAUUUAAUAUUAGAAUACAAAUACUACAAAUAUUAAUAUGGCCAUAGUAUUUUGAACUUAUGACAAUAAAGUUUGUUGCAAUCUA